AUGGCUCCUGUCACCGUCCUCAUCAUUGGCUGUGGCGUUGCUGGCCCGGUCUUUGCGGUCCUCCUCAAACGGAAAGGAUACAUUCCCAUUGUAUUUGAGAAAGUGAAGCAGUUGGGUGAUGUAGGAGCGUCUCUAAUGUUGAUGCCGAACGGAUUGAAAGUGUUGAACCUGGUCGGGCUCGCCACCGAGAUCGAGCAGGGAUCACUCCCACUAGAAGGAUUUCUCGACCGCUCCUCGGACGGUGAGGUGUUGGGCUUCUCCGAGGAGCCCAAGUCGUUCAAGGCGAAAUAUGGCCAGCAUGCCAUGGGAGUCAAGCGCACAGGGCUGAAUCUGAAACUCAAGGACAUGCUGAUUGACAUGGGCAUUGACCUGCGUGAAGGCUGGGAGUUGGAGGACAUUGAGGAGAGCGCAGACGCUGUCACGGCUCAUUUCAAGGGUGGCCGCAGCGUCACGGGCACCUUUCUCAUCGGUGGCGACGGCAUCAAGGCGGCAUCGAGAAGAAUUCUACUAAAGAAUAAGGGAUCCAGCGAAGGCUUGCCCUUGUUCAGUGGAUUGACUCAGACCGCCGGCCUCUCCUCGACACCACAGGCCAUGAAAGGCACAGCAUACAUGCAAAACUUCUACGGGGAAGGCGUCCACAUGAUCACCUACCCCGUCUCGCCCGACGUGACAUCCUGGGCCCUGACCCUCCCCGAAGAAACCGGGUCCGAGGCUUCUUGGGGUCUGAUCACCGCAGACGAGAUGGACGAGAGGAAACGGAAAUUGCUUGCCCACCUCGAGCUCUGGCAAGACAAGUCCCCGGCAGAACUGAUCCGGUCGGCCGCGCGAAUGAUCAAAUUUGGGCUGUUUGACCGAGACGAGAUGAGGCCCGAUCAAUGGCACACGAAGCGCUGUGUGCUGGUCGGAGACGCUGCACACCCGACAAGCCCCCAUCUGGGGCAGGGCGCAAAUCAGGCAUUGGAGGACUGCUAUCACCUCAGCCGGGCACUGCCCAAUUUCGGUGAGGAUGAAGAUGACAACCAACGAAUCCUCGCUGAGCUGAAAGAACGCAUGCCGGCAAUCUUUGAGGCAUAUGCAGAGAAGAGACAGCCUCGGACGUCGGCAUUGGUCAAGGGGGCCCGGACGCAGGGCCAGAUGAGAGUCGUCACAGCCGGGCCGCAGGCGUGCGAGGAACGGAACAAGAAGGUCGCAGCGGCGUGGAAGGAUACCGCGACGGUGGCCGCCAAGUAUGAGGGACUUUGUCGGGAACCGUUCCAGGUAGCAGCUUGA